AUGUUUGGAGAUACAUUUGAAACAAUGGAGGAGUUAUUGAACCCAACCAUUACAAAUUAUCAAACAAGAAUAGCCAGAAAUUGUGCAGAUUAUAUGGAAUUGCCAGAGCUACCAAGACUGAAACAUUUUGCAGGUCUAAAAAAUUAAGGUGCCACAUGUUACUUGAACAGCUUAAUCCAAUCCUUUUAUAUGUGUCCUGAGUUUAGAAAAGUCAUUCUUUCGCUACCAUUAUGCAAAGAGACAAUUGAGGAUUCAGCUAACUUGGCUAAGAAUGAAAGCAGAAAUAGAUUCCUAUUGGAAUUUUAAAAGCUAUUUAUUUAAUUACAGAGCUUGUAAUCUAAAGCCACAUCAACUGAAGCCCUCACUUCAAGCUUUGGUUGGAAUGAAGGCCAACAAAUGUGGCAACAAGAUGUCUCGGAUGCAAAUAAGUAAAAAUGACAUAAAUUUAUAUUUAAGAGUAUUAUUUGAGACCCUUGAUCGAUCUUUAUAUGGGACUCCUUAUAUUAUUGCUCCAUUUUACAAGGGAGUGGUAUUUCAUCAUAUCACGUGUUUGAAUUGCAAGAAUUCUCAUGGAAAUGAAGAAAUCAUGUAUGACUUGAACAUUUAAGUGGAAGGCAAUAAAAAUUUAUCUGAAGGGUUAUUCAGUUACAUCAACCCAUUUUUGUUGGACGGUAACAAUUAGUAUUUUUGCGAUAUCUGCGGCAUUAAAGUAUUACUAUUCAAUAUAUUAACAGGUGGAUGCAUUGAAAGGAGACAAGAUCAGAAAAUUGCCACCUAUAUUGACUGUGACAUUGAAUAGAUACACGUUUGAUUAUGAGAAGAUGCAAAGAGUGAAAUUAAAUGAUAGAUUUGAGUUUCCUUUGGAGAUAGAGAUGGGAGUGUAUUUGGAAAAUCCAGUCGAUAAUUUAGUUUAUGAGUUACAAGGCGUAAUAAUUCAUAGAGGUAAUGCUCAUGGGGGACAUUAUUUCGCCUACUUUAGAGAUCUUUUGGACGAAGGAGACUGGCUAUCUCACAUUCCAGAAUAUUGGCAAGAAAAGGAAGAGAGCUAAUAGUAAUAAAAGAAAUAGAAUGCAGAUGAAGUCGACUAUGAUGAAGUGAAAUUGCCAUUCGAGAUUGGCAAUCCUAAAGUUGCCCAAGGAUGGUAUGAUUUUAAUGACAGUUCUGUAAUCCCCAUUCCUGUCAAUAAAAUUUAAUAACAAUAUCAGGGUUCAGAGAGUGCUUACAUUCUGAUUUAUAGAGAUAGGAAUUUAAUACCAUCGAAAUUGUCAAAUGAGGAGAUACCUAAAUAUCUAUUUGAUUAUGUGAACUAAUUAAAUGAAAAGAUUGAGUAGGACAGAUAAACAUAUGAGGAAGCCAAACAACACAUUAUUAUAUCAGUAGCAGAUGCUUCAAUAGUCGAUAUUUAAGAUCAUAAAUUACUCAAUGAGAAGUAUGAAAAGGCGUCAUACAAAUUAAAAUUAUCAACAACAGUCAAAUAGUUGUAUGAAUAAAUUAAUAAGGAUGAAUAUUGGUUAUUGGAAUUUUAAGAAAACUAUUAAACUAAAUUAUUGCAUUUUCCAAGAUAUUUGAAGAAUUUAGAAAGUACAUUAGAAGAAGAGAAAGUUGGACACGAAUCAACUUGGAUUUUGGUAAAGAAGGACUAAGACAUCCCUUAGGUGGGAUAGCAGAAAGUGCCUUACCGACUUAAUUUCAUCAUUAAUAAACAACCCUAAUCUUUUCUAUUGUAUACCUCUACCACAUUGUUGGAAUUAAAAUAAUUAGUAUUCGCUCUAACUGGAAUUCCUGAAAACGAAUAAGAAUUAAGAAAUACCCAGAAUUAGAAAGUAGUAUCAGAUUUGGCUGAUGAAACCUAAUUGGGAGAAAUGCAAUUAACUUUGGAGACUUAAAUCUUAGUUAAAAAGAAGAAUCAAGCUUAGACUGCAAGUAAGAACCAGAAGGAUUAAAACUAAUAACUAGGAGAGGAGAUUGUGUCAAUUCUGGUUGAAUAAGAUGAUAAAGUUGGAGUUUCAAAAUUUUGUAAAAAUCCUUAUUGUAUAUUUAGAUGUUAAUAUCAAUUAGACCAUUUAGGAGUUGAUAGAAUUUAUUAAAGAGUAAUUUGGAUUGACUGAUGCUCAUCGAUUAAGAAACCUCAACGGAAAGAUUCUAUUCUGUAAAACAGACCUCACAGUAUAAUUGAAGGAAUUCUAAGAUUUUAGAGAAGGGUAAGAUAGAAUUGUAAUAAUAUUUUAGAGGGGCAAGAUUGCAAAUCGAGAAGGGAGAAGUUCCUGAAACUGGAAAGAUUUCUAUAGUGGUUUAGUAUAAAGAGUAGAAUUUUGAGAUACAUGUUGAUCCUAGAUAAGACAAGAUUGAACAAAUCAAACUUGAAUCCUGUAAAUCUUUUAAUUUAGAUGCUACUUAACACAGACUCUAUAAGGUAGAUUGGUUACAAGUACCUUCUGAAGGAUUAACAGAUGAAACAAAAACAGUUUCUUAAUGUUAUCUAAGAGAUAGAGAUUUAAUUAUAUUAUGUGAAAAGACAGCAUAAAUUGAUUGUGAAUUGAUAAGAUUUUAGCUCUAUUCAACAACUACUGGCUACCCUGAUGAUUGUGUUUUUCAGAAGCACGAAACCAUGAGAAAGGAUGCCACUCUGAAAGACUUGAAAUAAAUGAUUAUUUCUAGUUUUGGAUUGAAUGUCAAUAUUGAUUAAUUGAGAGUCAGAGACAUCAAUAAAAACAGAUUCUUCGGAUAAGUGUUUAGAAAAUUAGAAUUGCCUCUUUAGAAAUUUUAAUUCUCCACUAAUGAUAUUGUGUAUUAGGUAUUAGAAAAUCCAGAGAAUCUUCAGGAGGAUGAAAUGCUACUAUUAAUAAAAGAGAGAGAUCCCAUUAAUAAAGUAUAUAUCAAGCCAUAAGAAUUUGUCUUUAAAGUAUCCAAAACACCAACUCUUUUGGAAUUGAAAGAUUAGAUUUCAAAAUUUGUGGGAAUCUAGGAAGGAACUUAAUUAGAACUAGCUAAAUUUGUAAUCUACGAAUUUUAAUGGUUGCAUUUAGAUCCUGAUGUUAUAGAGAAAUAACUAUAGGGUAAGGGCAAGCAGGGUAAAUAAGGUAAUUAGGGUAACUAAGGAAACUAAAAUAAUAAGAAAAAAGGUCAAUAGAGUAAGAAUUAAUAAUAAUAACAAUAAUAAUAAUAACAACAAUAAUAAUAACAAUAACAAUAGCAAUAAUAAAAUCCUUGCUAAAAUUUAAGAAAAAAUCCAAUCAACUUAAGUGAAGGAGGUAACUAUUUUAAUUAUAUCUUUAUAGACUUUAUUGGAUACAGAUUAGGUGAUCAUCCUAAAGAUGACUUCCAAACAAAAGAAGAUAAUGAGGUAUAUAUAACCUUUUAUAAUAAUUUAAUUAGCUCAGGGAAAGAAUGAUCGCUGCUCGUAAAAAUAAGCAUAAUGCAUUGGGACCAAUGAGGCGACAGCAGGAAUAAGGAUUUGCUGUAGCUAUUGAAUGAGG